AAACUUUCCCACAAGUAUUAAAAUAUGAAUCUGUCCUGUUAUCAAUCCAAUAAUUACUAAUAUUAUUGCCUUCUACAAAAGAUUCUAUGCAUAUUCUAUGGUUUUAUUCAUAAAAUUGAGCAGGUUAAGUUGACAGCGAGAGCCCCCGAUCUGUUACAAUUUAUAUAACCAACAAAAUCCUAAUGAUAACUUUCCACACCGCAUUUAAAAAGUGCACAAACUCAAUAAAAACAUAGUACAGACAUAAAACCAACCAAAUAUGUCGUUAAUACGGCUUAAUCGAUAUUUAUUGCGACAGUCAACCAAGUGUUACUCCACGGCAGUAACCCAAAAUGAAGAAUACACUGCAGUGCCACACUAUCCACCAAUUCUGGAUCCUUCUCCAGAGAAAGUCCGCGAACGCAGAAAACAAUCCGAGCACGACGAGAUCAAAUCCGUAAAAACCAUCGAAGAGAAACAAAUCAAGCUCAACAUGCCCAGAUACUACGGAUUCAAAUGCUAUGAAUUCCAUGAAGAUGUCAUACCCUAUGACAAUUUAAAACUAGCCCAACACAUUACCAGAACUCACCUUAAAAUUGACAACAACUUAAGUGACUACUACAAAGAUAUAAAUGUUGAUAGCAUAGCAGAAAACCUAAAAGCAAAAUUUGAAGAUGCACUCACCAUUGAAUUAGAUGGUUACAAAACAAGAACCAGUAAAUUGGAUUUAUCUCCAAAUGAAUUAGAAAAUAUAAUAACAGCACAAAUUGUGAAACAAGUCAAUAGAGCUAUCAUGAAUAACAUGGUGCAGGAUUAUUCUCAUUUAUUGGAUGUCCAGGUGGAUGUAGAACCAAGAUUAGAAGCAUUUUGGUUUGCUGGUGGUAUGAAUCCACCAAAAAAUAUAAAGAAAUACAGGACAGGUAAAGGACAAGAUUUUAGAAAACACACUGAAAAUGAUCCAACUGAUAGAUUGAUUGCUUAUGAUGGUAAACCACUGCUGACACUCAGGAGUUGCAUACCUUUGAAGCCUCUAAUGAGUUAUCAAGAGGCAAAUAUCGAAGAUUUAGAAGUUCCAAAAUGGCGGUUUGAUCCCAGAGUUGUAGGAACAAUGACAAAACACAGUCACAUGGCUAAUAUACCAGGUUUUUGGCCCGGGGAUCCGCAUCACUUUGGUGUUCUAUCCUAUCACAAACGCGGUCAUAUCAUUAAUCGACCAUAUAACGACCUUGAAGAUGACAAGGAAGCAUUGCAUCGGCAAGCAAUACUUCAAUCUUUCGCGUGGUUGCACUCACAAGCCAACUAUCAAGGUUUCACUACUUUCAAUGACAUUACUUAUCCCAUAGUAACGCAAUCAGUUAUCACCAACGGCCAAGUAUUCUUUUACUCCUAUCAAAUGAAUACAAUGCUUGUGCAUGGUACAAACAUCGAUACCAACCCGAAAGUUAACAUUUGUUACGCUACACCCGAAGUAAAACUUUUCGAAGAGUUUAAAGACGGGAAAUUGGUUGGAUUUAAUGAUGAUGUACUGAAAAUGUUACUAAGGUUUUACGCGAAUGUUCCCGAGGAGCGUAUGGGUGUGAAUUUGCAUCCGUAUUUAUCCCAGAGUGAGAAAACCAUCGCGGAUUAUACUGAUGUGGAGAAAAGGGAGUGGCUGGAGAGAGAGUACAAGUUCUUGGUGUCACAUCGUCCACGAUACAAGCUGGGAUAUGAGGUUUAUAAUUGGGAGAAGAUUUACAAGGUGGACUUUAAGACACGUCCGAUGGAACCGCGCAGGCGGCCGUUUGAAUUGAUGCAAAAGCCUUCAAAUCGACGCUUGGAUGAUCGGAAACCGUUUUAUAUUCCUAGAGCGUUGAGGCCUGAUUUGCCAAGGAAUAAAGGCCGCGAUGCUAAAGAAUAUUUUCCUUAAUGUAGAAUAAAUUUGAUAAAACUAAUAAAUUGUGGUUAUAGAUGUUUGAA